AUGGCUAAUUCGGAACAUGAAAUCUCUGCUUUUCUUUUGAUGAAAAUAUUCGAUAGACCAAAUAAUGGUGUAUUACUUGGUCCGAUAAUAAUUUGUGGUCAACCAUUCCAUUAUAAUCCAAUCGGCCAUGGGGAAAAAAUGGCACCAGACGUCGCGGUAUAUCCAUCUACUGCUCAUGUUCCACGACCUAAUAUUCCGCAUCCCGGACCUCCACCAAGCGACAAAAGAUUGCCUCACGCGAGAAUAAUUGUUGAAAUAGCUAACGCUCAGAGCCUUGAUAACUUAAUUACAAGAUGUGAGACGUGGCUGCGUCAACAAUUUGUUCGAGAUGUACUUGGCAUCAAACUUGAUGCUAUUAGGAGCCAUCAAGGAAAUGUUCAUCGGUCGAUGUUGGCUAUGUUAUGGACGCGCCAAAAUGUAUCACCAACAGCACCAGCAGGAUAUACAGCACCAGCGGGAUUUAUAGUGUCAACAAAUCCAAAUCUACCACGAGUGUCUUUUAGACUUUGGGAUUUUGGCACGUUGUUAUAUGGUACUACUAACGCUACUGCUUGCAUUGCUCCGGGACUCCCUGCUUAUCAAGUGACAAUUCCAAUUGAAGAUGUUUUCUGGAACCCCCUAAUAGUUAUGGAUCCCACUACAAACACCAACGUCCCGAAUGAAACUAAUUACACCAUAACAGUCCCUGGUACAAUCACAGUUCCCAAUUUCAUAAUUGACUUGUACGAAAUUCAGCAAGAAGUUAUGGAAAAUCAAAGAGU